CUCGCGGCAGCCGCGGCGCCGCCGUCUCGAGUCUGGAAGUCGCUUUGCCGGCAACGGCGGCUGCUGCCCAACCCCGAUUCCCAGGGAAUUGCACCGAUUGCGUCUGUUCUCCCCGACCCUCCCGUCUGGGACCACCUCCCAGCCAAAAAAAAACACCACCGUCCGGGAGGAGAUCGCGGGACCCGGCGGAGCUCGGCUUCUCAAGCUUCCACACCGGGGACAUGGUGGGCUUCACGGUCCCCGCGGAAGUCAGCGCGUUUUUGCUCGAUAUAGAAGGCACCACCACUCCCAUCACCUUUGUCAAGGAUAUUUUGUUUCCUUACAUCAGGGAAAACAUCCGAGAUUAUCUGGAUGCCCACUGGGAGGAGGAAGAGUGCCAGCAAGAUGUUGGCUUGCUGAGAAAACAGGCUGAAGAAGACUCUCAUAUGGAGGGAGUGGUGCCUAUCCCACUGGAAACCAGGGAUGGAGAAGAAGAGGUUGAACGGGUCAUCCAAGCCGUGGUAGACAAUGUCCUCUGGCAGAUGUCUUUGGAUAGGAAGACCACAGCUUUGAAACAGCUCCAGGGCCACAUGUGGAGAGCGGCCUACAAAAAUGGCCGCCUGAAAGGAGAAUUCUUUAAGGAUGUCGUUCCCGCAGUGAAAAAGUGGAAAGAAGCAGGAAGAAAAGUGUACAUUUAUUCCUCUGGGAGUGUGGAGGCUCAAAAGCUUUUGUUUGGGAAUUCUACAGAAGGUGAUAUUUUAGAGCUUUUUGAUGGCCACUUUGACACCAAGAUAGGACCUAAAGUGGACAGCGAGAGCUAUCAGCGGAUUGCUGCAAGCAUUGGAUGCGCCACAAACAACGUACUCUUCUUGACGGACGUCACUCAAGAAGCAGAUGCAGCCGAAGAAGCAGACAUGCAUGUGGCUGUCGUAAUCCGGCCAGGCAAUGCAGGACUGACAGACGAUGAGAAAUCGUAUUACAGACUCAUAACCUCUUUCAGCGAAUUGUUCCUGCCAUCCUCUGCUUAAAAUUUGCACCUAGGAUUCAGGAAGGGAUGCGGAAAAAGAGGAGCCGCCGAGAAAGUUAUCCUUACCGUUUAUCGUCCUUCCUGCCAGCGAUGAAGAGUCUCGAAAACAGAAAUAUUGGGCCCCUGACUCCCCUGAUGAGACACAAUUGAACCUGGUGGAAAAUUGCCAGUUCUUUGAUAGUAGCAAAGUGAGGGGUUGACUUGGUUUUCCUUUGGAUUUGCAAACGGAAGAAUCAAGAGGUGCAACUCAAGAGAAGGUUCUCCUGUCUUUUUGAGGUCAACCGGUUGGAUGCAAAUACCACCCUCCAGUUCAAAGGGGCAGCAAUGAAGACUUUAUUUAAGGGAUGUGUCUUGGGUACAUACACUACAAACUCUCAUCUCUUAUUCGCAUCACACUUGAUUGCAGGUUUUUUAAAGUCUUCUCUUCUUUGUAGUAAACGUAGGGGAAAUCCAGUCUAUUUAUAGUUGAAAAAUGUUGCAAGCUGAGCUCUCUGAAUUGAUUGGUCUUGGAAAGGAAAGGAAAAAGCAGCACAGGCACCAUGAAUUAAACUGCACAUGCAAGCUAGUAAGAACAUCUACGUGCCAACUGGAACAUGUUUGCAUGUGGAAGGCAUGAUUGAUCCUUCGUCACAAGAGUUGCAUGAUUGCUCAAAGGUUGUCCUACUUAACCUGGGGGAAGGGGAUGCUUUUUUUUGGCUGGGAAAAAUUGCUGGGAAAUUGCAUUCUAAAUCCUGCAGGUUAGUUCCUUACCUGUUGCACUCGAAGGUGUAAUGGAGACCUGAUUGUUUUGUGUGGCUUCACUUGUUCCUUUUAUGUGCAGCAUUUCAAGAGUGGUAAGCAUGUCUCAGUGUCAGCAACUCUUCCUUUCUGUUUGGUUGGUUUUUCAAGGUGUUUCAGCAAUCCAAAACAGAAGUAUUUGUCUCUUCAGCACGUUGCACAUUUUAUGUUCUGCUAGAAGUAAUGUUUUGCCUCCCCAAAACCUACUCCUUUUCACCAAGGAUGGAAGGGGGAACAGUCCCAAAAUCCUAUUGAAUGCAAUAUUUUUUUCCAUUUGGCCAGUCUGUUUUGGAGUUACAACCUUGCGUGGAAAAUGGGCUUGUUGUUACAACUGCAAAGCUGGAUAAAGUACUGAAAUCAUAAGAUGUCAUCCCAGUUUAAUUGGAAAUGUCCAGAGAGUCUAGUAGGCUGCCAGGAGUCUUACAAUGGAACAAACCCACAAUGUCUCACAGGUAUCAAACUCAAGGCCUGUGGGCCGGAUUUGGCCCGUGAGGUGCUUAAGUGGAAAUAGCAUUGGACCCGCCUGCGGUGCCUCUGGCAGUCAAAAUGGGGCGCAGGGAGACUCCACGCGACCCCCUGCACCCUGUUUUUGGCCUGGAUGAACUUUUAAUGGCCAAAACAGGGCACGGGGGGGGUGGACUGCCAUGUGUGCCCCUCCCGUGCCCCGUUUUGGCUGGUGAAAUGCUGCAGAGGUCAUUUAGACUGAAAACAAGGCGCGGGGGGGGGCAGCACGCGGCCCCUCCCCUGCCCCCUCUUGGAUGGCAGGGUGCUACAGGAGGUGUCCAUCCUGUCUCUUCCACCACCACCACCCAGCCCGUGAAGGAGAACUGCAGUGGUGAUCCAGCCCUCAAAGAAAUCCAGUUUGACAUCCCGUAAUUUGAUGCCCCCUGUAUGUGUGUUGUGGGCAGCCCUUCCAAUACUUGAAGGUGUUGUUAGAAUCGGGCUUGCUGUUGUGUUCCAGGUGGAAAGGGCUUGGUGUUACACACAAACAAAUAGCCUGUUCCUCAAAAUCCGCUAUAUACAAUCCACAGAGGAAAAAUCAGACACGGUAUUAAAAUUCUCGCGUAUUGAGCUUAUAAAUCCUUUCCCAGUCUGGAUGCUAAUGGAGAGUGGCUCCGUAUUGCCGAUGUAGUCAAUGUCCAUAUAGGAUUGUUGCCUUGUGCAUGUCUUGCCUUUAAAUAAAAUCUAUGACUGAAGUAAAAGACUUGUGUCUGAAAGUAGCUUCAGCUUAGGUGGUUGCCCUAAGUGUGCAUUUGUGAGGGGGAAAGUCAACUUUUAUUUUAUUUUUUUUACUGUUGAUAACUCGUUCAAUAUCUUUUCAGUUUCUGAGGUAUGCCAAUGAACAGUGGUGGGAUUCCAAAUUUCUUCCUAUGAGAGCGUGCUUUGUGCAAGCUUCGCGCAUGGCUCAGCAAUCAAAAAACACCUUCUGUCAGCGCUGGUGAGGUGAGCUGUUUUUUAGCUCAGCUGAGGCGUGGCAAUCUGCUCUGCUUCGUGAAUCAGCUGAGCUAAAAAAAAA